GGACCAUGUGUGUGCUGCACUGGCUGGCGGCGGAGACAAUGUACCUCGUUUGGGUGGUCCUGCAGCAACAGAUGCGCGCUCUAAUUAUAAAUGCUUGAUUCAUCGGGCCGCAAAGCAGCAGAGCUAAUAAUGGCCAUGAGUUGCAUUGCAUGGUUUUCUCCCAUUUCAAGCGAGGUCAUUUGCCGGCGAAGUCGGCGCACUCUAGUAGUGGAUGUGAAGAGCCUGCUUUCGUCCGCUGCGGGGCCUGAAGGUGGCGAUUCCGGCUCGCGGACACGGGUGGUUAUAAGCCAGCAGAGGCCAUGCAGAUCGCUAAGGCCUCCGAUGCAUCGUCGUCUCUUCUACUCUGCUACUGCGGCUCUGCUCGUCAGCGCUGUGCUCGCGCGGCCCAUGGCCAAUGAGACCGCGACGAAGACCACCCCACUCGCUGCCGCCGCCGCCGCGCCGCCCAACUGCUUCCCCGCGAUAGGAUUCAACAUGCCGGCGAGUGUGCCCAACUCUCUGAACAACUGGUGGUGCGACUACGCCUCGGAAUACGCGUUUGUCGGGUUCAGCUACGAAGUCACCGCAUGCCAGGAUCGCGGGACGCUUGUGUCGGAGUUCACAGACAUUCGCCAGACGUUCAAUGGUCGAUACGUCCGGCUGUACGGCGCGUGCGAUCGGACUGGAUUCUACGACGAUGUGGUCGAGGCAGCAUGGGAGGCCGGAAUCGGCGUGCACGCUCUCAUCUGGUUUGGAUUUGACGGAGGAAACCAGUGGAAGGCGCGCCGGACUGCGCUGUUCAAGACCCUGCACUCGAACCCCAAGGCCAAAUUCGUGACCCGGGCACUGCAGUUCGGAAGCGAGCCGCUGUAUGAUGGGGUUCUGAGCGAGAGCGACCUCGCCAAUCAGGUUCUCGCAGCGAAGGCGAAUCUAUCCGGUCUCGGCAUCCCGGUGACGAUCUCGGAAAUGGCAUAUGGAUACCAGUCCAACGGUGGUGCCCAGGACGUGCUCGACGCGAUCGACAUCAUUGACGCCCACAUGCUUCCGUUUUUCUCUACCAAAGCCAGCACAGGAAGCAAGUCGUGGCCGAUUGUGCUCACGGAUCUCGAUUGGUUCGUCGCGAACGGGGAAGGGAAGAAGAUAUAUUUGACAGAGAACGGAUGGCCGUCAACGACAUACGACGGCGUGUCGCCCAACUCUCCUUCGGCCGUCGCGAACGUCCAAAGUGAACAGCAAUAUUACAAGGUUCUCGAUCAGCACUGUUCGUACUUCAAGAACGUCCCCAACGGCGGUGGUUCCGUCGGUUGGUUCUGGCACAUAUACAGCGACGAUAUGGAGCCUGGCUACGGUCUGUACAACACCAACGGCAACCUCAAGUUCCCGUUCAGUCCCCAGACUUCUUGCUAAUUUAGAUGUUGAAUUGGCGGUGCAUCAUCUUUUAAUAGGGGUAUUUCGUUUCCAGGGUGGCUGCUCAUUGAAUCAUGACACUACUUUUAUUGGCAAUAUAUCUCAUUCCGAAUUGACUCGAAA